CAUUACACACGAUUGGUACUUGCUCUAUCAACCACGACUGUGCAAUUCGGCACUACGAACACCGCUCUGCUUACCAACAUCCCAAACACGACCACGAUACUCGGAUACAUAAUGUCGAUAUCGUACUCUCUGUUUGGGUUAUCACCGACUGAGGCAACAUCACCGCAUCAACCCUCCAUAACAAUAACCUCAUGUUCUCACGCAUCGCACAAUCUUUCAAAAAAGAGACGGCAUCACCCACCAGCAGGACCCAUCGCUCUACCAGGAACAUGAGCAGCAAGCCUAGUACGACGACAAUGUUCCGCGGCCUACCCGUCAUCCCGGACGAAACCUACACCACAAACACUCCACGCAAAAUCUCCAAAUGCUUUCUCGCCGCCGAAGUGGAAGAAGGCGUCGGAAUGCGCGUACGUCGCGGAAUCGGCCUGGCCAGAUUACCUCACCUGAGCCCUUUUAUCAUGCUAGAUCACUUCAACAGUACUUUUGGAAACGACAUGGAUGCCAGUGCACCCGACCAUCCCCAUCGCGGCCAAGAAACAAUCUCCUACAUCAUCUCCGGCGGCGUCGACCACGAAGACUUCGCGGGCAACAGAGGCACGCUUGAGGCUGGAGAUUUGCAAUUCAUGACUGCGGGGAGGGGCAUCAUGCACAGCGAGAUACCCAUCCACAACGGAAACGGGGAACCCAGUGUAGGCAUGCAGUUGUGGGUUGAUUUGCCCAAGGAAUUAAAGUACUGCGAGCCGAGGUAUCGAGAUCUCAAGGCCAAGGAGAUUCCUGAAGCCGGGGGAGAUGGCGCGAGAGUCCAUGUAAAAGUUAUAAGCGGCCUAUCAUUUGGUGUCGAAAGCAAAAAGGAACUCUCCUACACACCAGUUUGGUACCUGCACUUCACCGUGCAACCAGGCGGUUCCUUGCACCAGUCCUUACCGCAGACUUGGAACGCCUUUGCCUAUGUCCUCGAGGGCGCUAUCCAAGUCUCCAACGGCAACAGCAGCGACGCCAAAUCUCCAUCGCGAUCAAUCGGACAAUUCCACAUGGCCGUCUUUGAACAAGAGGGGGACAGCGUAUCCAUCAGCGUCAGCGCGGAUGCAAAAGAGGCUGCAAACUUCAUUCUGGUUGCGGGGCUGCCGCUGGACCAGCCGAUUGUUCAGUACGGCCCGUUUGUGGUUACGAGUAGGGAGGAGGUGCAGCAGGCGGUGAGGGAUUUCCGGAGGGGGGAGAAUGGGUUUGAGAGGGCGGUGGGUUGGGUGAGCGAGAAUAGUAGGUCGAGGAGGAAUUCGGUCGUGGUGUGAAGGAUGUUUGGUUCUUGGUGUUGUGGAAGAAGUAGUGGCCGUAUAUAUUGGUGUUGGUUCAGGAAAUGGCUCGAGAGUCUGUGGACAGUUGUGACAUUUUGUCGCUUGUGGUAGAGCGCUAUGUGGUGGGGGUGAUUGAAGAGAUUAUGCUGGUUUCACUUGUCCGAGUAUCUCACUG